ACUACCGGUUGACGGUAGUAUCUGUGCUGUGGCUGUGUGAUGCAACCAGCUGUAAAGAUAUUUUUCAACUUCUAAUAAUAAGUUUUGUUUUUUUUAAGUUAGAAAAUAACGUUCGGAACUACACAUUGGAUUAACGCUCUAGUUUUUGUCGUUCGUUGUUUGUAUUCGGUUUAUUUCGUCAGGCAAAACGACGAAACCGCUGCUAGGUAGAGCUAAAGUUAGCUAGCAGGCAGUGGAUUUUAUUCGAUUUCACUUAUUUUUGAAGAAUUAUUUCUGUCCCCUUAAGUCUAUCGUCUGCUCUUCUCUAUCAGCUACAAACGCCCAUUAACUGGGCCUCCCUAUGUACUUAUUUUGAAGCGCUGGGUGCCAGUGGAGUCACCCCACCUGUGUCCUCUUGUUGAGCGGAUCUAUAUUUAAAUGGCCACCGCUGCCUCACCUCCAGCCCCUGGCUCCACUGCGGCCACUGAAAACCCAAGUCCCGGAUCCAGCGCCUCGACUGCGGCCGACAGUGGCAACCAGGACAGCACUUUCGAGUGUAAUAUAUGUCUGGACACCGCCAAGGAUGCAGUGAUCAGCCUGUGUGGACACCUUUUCUGUUGGCCUUGCUUGCAUCAGUGGUUAGAGACCAGACCCAACAGACAAGUUUGUCCAGUGUGCAAAGCGGGCAUCAGCCGAGACAAAGUUAUCCCCUUAUAUGGGCGGGGAAGCACAGGUCAACAAGACCCCAGAGAAAGAACACCCCCUCGACCACAAGGGCAGAGGCCUGAGCCAGAAAACCGUGGUGGCUUUCAAGGGUUUGGCUUUGGAGAUGGUGGUUUCCAGAUGUCAUUUGGAAUUGGUGCCUUUCCGUUUGGUAUUUUUGCUACAGCUUUUAACAUCAACGAUGGCAGACCUCCUCCAGCAGCCCCUGGGACACCGCAGCACAUGGACGAACAGUUUCUGUCUCGACUCUUCCUGUUUGUCGCGCUGGUGAUUAUGUUUUGGCUGCUGAUUGCAUAAAUCCUUGGAAAGACAACAACAUCUUGGACCAACACAAAAGAUUUGACAGGUGGUUUGCAUCGAUGUGAUCCUGCCUCUUUUCUGAUUUUUUUUUUGCUCCUCUCCUCGUCAAAAAGCCAUGUGGGAUUUAAAUGAAGUAGGAUUUUCCAAAAUAAAGGAUAUUAACUUUCAAGGUUAACCACACAAACUUGGUUGCCUAAUGUUUUAACUUGACACAGUCACCCAAACUGCAUCAGCAUAUACAUUUCAAUUUCAAAACAAAUUUCAUGCUCCUUGAUACAUGCAACAUGUUUUUGUUUUUUAAUCAGACAUGAGACUGUUCAGAUGAGAAAAAACAUCUUUUUGACUGUUGUUUGGGUAUUUAAAGAUAUAUCAUCAGUGCUCGUUGCUUGUAAACUUGGAUUUUCAUUCACACUUGUAAUCCCAUGUUCUGUAUAUGGUAAUUUCCGUUCAGUCUAUAUUUGGCCCCUUUUACCAUAUUUGAUCCCUAUGAGCCUUUGAGGGUAGUAUUUAUUGAAUAGUUAUUUUAUUCAUAGUACACCUGUGUUUUUCCUACUAUUACCUAACAACAUUAAUUAUUGCUCUGUCUACUCAAGUGUCCCAUUAAGACAUGACAGUGGAUCAUUAAUAUUAUUUACACAUGUAAUUUUUCUUCUGUGAAAUUGUCUUCCAUGGAAAAGAUCUAAUCAACAGGUUGCAAACAAUCCUGAGUUGCACUCUGAAUACGAGCAUGUGCCUCCUCCAUGUUUUCAGUCUUUUUUUGUAAUGUACUAACAAUGUUGUGUUUUCUCGCUGUACCUGAUCUUUAAAAAAUAUGCAUCUCUUCUGCAGAGAAUGUACCAAAAUCAUACACAUCCUGUGAAAUCAAAACAAUGUUAGACAUUGUCUCUUUAUUUUAGAUGAGUUAAAAAGAAAUAUGUUGAUGCAUGUAAACAUUUGAAAUAUUAAUUUAUAAAACAGUGUUAAUCUCCAAACUGUUCUUUUUUUUUUUGCUCAGUCACUGUAAUUACAUGUAAAAUACUGUAUAUUAUUACAGAAAUAUUACUGAAAUGAAGAUUGGCUGGUUGAACCUGAAAUAACUUUUCUAAAUGUGAAUUCACCCUACUGAGAGUGAAGCUGUGUAAAUAAAGAUUCUAAUCAUA